UAUUAUACACCAGUUUCUGUGUCAUGACUUUAGCUCCGAGUUGCGUUUUCAAACUCCAUAAUGCGGCGUUACAUUCGUGCACUAAUGCUGUGCACGGUGUUUGCCGUGUUUUCGGGCCUGUAUGUUUACAGUAAGCUGUUUUACUCGGAUGUAUCGGGCGGAGGAAACGGACCGAGGAGGUUUUUCAUCCCACCCAGAGUGCCCGGAGCCGGCCGAGGGGCCGCGGAUAAAACUGGGCCCCAAAACCCGCACUGGUACAAUAGGUACAUCAUGCGUCAGCGGGGUCAGGUGGAGCCUGGUGCUGGCAGUGUCCAGAGCAGACCUGAGCCACCCAUGCACCUGGCUGUGGUGGCCUGUGGGGACAGGCUGGAGGAGACUCUCACCAUGAUCAAGUCUGCUGUGCUUUUCAGCAUCAAACACCUCUACCUGCACAUCUUCGCUGAAGAUCAGCUACAUGCUAGCUUCAUGGAAGCUUUGGAGUCGUGGCCUGACUUUAUUCGCUCCAGGUUCAACUACACAGUCUACUCCAUCAGCUUCCCCAGUGAGAACGCAGCCGAGUGGAAGAAACUCUUCAAACCCUGCGCUUCUCAGAGGCUCUUUUUACCUCUCAUUCUAAAGGACAUCGACUCGAUUGUGUAUGUCGACUCCGACAUCCUGUUCCUGCAACCUGUAGACCGAUUGUGGGCAUUCCUGUCCCGGUUUAAUUCCUCUCAGCUGGCGGCCAUGGCCCCUGAGCACGAGGAGCCCCGCAUCGCAUGGUACAACCGUUUUGCCCGUCACCCCUUCUACGGCAGGACGGGCAUCAACUCCGGGGUCAUGCUCAUGAACAUGACGAGGAUGAGGAACACAUUCUUUAGGAAUGACAUGACGUCUGUGGGGCUGCGUUGGGAGGAGCUGCUGAUGCCUCUUCUCCAGAAAUACAAACUCAACAUAACCUGGGGGGACCAGGAUCUUCUCAAUAUAAUUUUCCACAACAACCCUGAGACGUUGCUGGAGUUUCCUUGCCAGUGGAAUUAUCGUCCAGAUCAUUGUAUCUACGGCAGUAACUGUGCUUCAGCUGAGGAGGAUGGCAUUUACAUACUGCAUGGAAACAGAGGAGUUUACCACGACCAUAAGCAGCCUGCCUUCAGAGCUGUUUACGAAGCCAUACGAAAGUACUCGUUUGGCGCAGACCCAGUGACUUCUUUGUUGGAUCCUCUCGAAGAGGAACUGUUGAAGACAACACACACUUACUGUGGUAAAUCCCACCUGCUCUUCACAAAGAGACUGGCACACAGCCUGGCAAAUAUCAACAGGAAGGCUCCACGUGGACGGUGACAAAAGUGAAAUACAAGAUGGGAUGGAGGCCAAAAGGAUUCUUACAAGCUCCUCAACCAAGACAAGGAACACUGCUUAUUGUGUCUAACCGUUCAUAGUCGCUGGUCUUCAGUAAGACAUUGCUCUCCUAUUGAGAGCAAUGAGUUGAUUCGUCAGUAUAAACAGCUGGUGGCACUAAUUCUCCAGUCAUUUGUGUCAUGUUUUAACUUGAGGAAAGUUACAGUCCUCUCAUGGCUCCACAUAGAUGUGAUCUUCUCGUCCUCCACCAUUUUUCAUCUCUUCAGUGCAGCAGCAACUUCACUGAACGUUUAAGCCACAAGCUUUAUGUAUGUCGUGAUUUAUUUGCUAAGAUUGUUUUCAUUGCACUUUGUCUGACUUUGUUUUUAGCAAUACAACAAAUUUUCCACCUCAUUCAAGCAGAAAAACACAGAAGCGUUUUUCAUGUGCAAAUUAAAAAUGUGCAUAAAAACAGGUGGAUGGAAACCCACCAUAUGAGACAGUUGGAAUUGUCUGAGACCAGUAACUCUUCACCUCUUGUGAGUUGGAUAAGAGUGUGAUGUAAAUGCCUGAAAUCUGCUGUAAAUGUAGGCCAGCUGUAGCAAAAUACUACAUUUAGCAGUCUUACUGACCUUGAAACAUGUACAUGGAUUUUUUUUCCCAGGUGUUUUUAUGACAACAUUUUUCAUGUUUACUGACAGCUGGGUUUUUUUAAACCAGCAAACAUCUAUUCUCUUCCUCAUAAUAAUUUUCUUCUUCGAGUAUGUUUGACUACUGACUGAAGGUGUGAAAGAUCCAUAUAAGUUUGGAAGAGAAGCUCUUGACUUUCCAUAUUGGAGAAUUUAUUAAACCACGUGAAACACUCUUAUUAAAAGAGACAUAUCAGAACUGGACUAAAGGCUUUCUGCAGGGCCUACGUUUGAGAGAUGUAUGCAUUGGACCGUUUUUCAGCUUUCAGAUACCACUCACUAACAUGGAAGGACAGUCAUUUAAGAGAAUGAGAAUGAAAACAGUGCAUAGAGAUCAUGCAAAAGAAUUCUGGAAUUGUUCUUCAUUUAUUUCUACAGAGACAGGGGAGGAGCCUAUCAGAGUACCAUUUGCCUGAUACACAGUAUAGCUGGCAUACAUUUGCAUACAAAAUGCUAUUGAAUAUGUGAAUAAGCUACAAGUUCUUUCCUGAUGCCAAAGUGUUUUAUUACCAUGAUUACGGUUUUUGCACCACUGAAUGUAUUUUGGACACUAAGGGUUGAAAUGUUAUAAAUGUGAUAACUGUCAGUGCUUACAGUAUGUUGGUAAGAUUGUAAAGGAUUGUAAAGUAAGGACAUUCUUUGUGGCAUUACUAUGUUUACUUGUUUAUAUGUCACUGUUAAAGAUGAAA